GUAAAAAAUCGAAAUACUACAGUUAUAGUUAACCCAAAACUGACAAUUCUGUCAUCAGUCAUUUACUUUAAAAUUAUGAAACAAUUAACAUUACCUGUAGGAUGUUAUGUAGACUCGUUUUAUGGUAAAAAGAUGCAAUGAAAAUGAAUGAAUGCUUAUCACAUCUCCUUUUGUUUUCCUCUGAAGAAAUCAGCGAAGAAGGAUGCAGCUUCAGAGUGAUUUUCAAUCACAACAGCGAAAUCAUCGCCUCAACAGGGCUGCCUGGCUGCAGGGCCGCUGGUUGGAAAUCAGUGAGCAGGAGCGCAGGGCUCAGAUCCAUAACCAAAAGCUACUGCAGGACUUUCAGAGGGCACAAGACACACUCAAUGACAUGUUGGCCCGCACCGAAGCCAUGAACAAUAUACGGGUUCAGUAUGAACAGUAUCUGGAAGAGAGCUUCCCACAAUGGCAGAAAAGACUGAAAGACAUAAGAGCUGCUGAAAAGUCCAAGCAGGUACAUCAGCACUUAAAGAACUAUAUUCAGCAGAUGGAGGAGGACGAAGGUAUGAAGACUGCUCACAGGUCUGACUUUAGAGGUCACCCUCUGUCCUCCAAUUCUCCAAAUCUAUCUCAAACUUCUCACACCAUGAAAAACACUCAGACAGCAAAUGACAUCAAGCAAAAUGCUGAAAGAUGCAACCCAAAUGGCCAUCAUCCUUACUUUCCACCCACUUGGUUAACUGGCUCACAGCCUUUUAUUUCCAGAUCCCCCCAAAACAAUAUUCCAAAGGAUUACAAAAACAUUCAGAACAUUCAAGCCUUGAAUCAUCCCUACUAUUCUUUACCUGGCAAUUCACUCCAUCAGUCACAUUCUCUAGUCCAGCAGAAGUCACCAUCAAUGGACCAUCUAUGGGCCGGUAUAAGGCAAGGGUUUAUGCCUACAGCUCACUUCACUCCUACUGGUGCUUCUUGGCCACGACUUCCUGUGCUGAGCCCCAUGAUGUGGGGUAUGAUGGAUGUACCAGAACCCAGUGAGGAACGAAUCCAACGCAGUGAGACAGGCAAGGAAAAGGUGGCAAAAGAAACACUGAACCCAAAUGAGGAGAGUUGCCAGAGACUACAACAUAGGAAGAAUGGGAAAGAAAGUGAUCGGUCUGAGCUAGACUGUAGGCCAGUGCGUCUAUCAACUGACCAUGAAGAAAGUAGUGAAGGCGGCGCUGUGCCCUCUGAAGUCACGGUUUCUGGGAUGCAAAAGAGGGGAAAGAAAAAAAGAGUUGGGACCAAAUCACACUCCACAGAAAAUGAUAGCAAUUCUCAAGGCUCUUCCACUAUGUCCCAAGAUGCUUUGGAUAGCCACUCGGACACAAAAAUCAGCAAAAUACUUAAAAAAACAUCUAAGAAGUAUAGCAGCAAAGAAUCUAUCAUCACUAAGAAGAAUGUUGGUGCAGUGAUGCAAUAUGAAGAGGAAGACGAACAGGAAGAAAGCAGGAGCCAAGAAAUACUUCCAAGUAGUGUAAGCUCAGAAAAGAAAGAUGGAUCUGAAGGACUCAACAUUAGAGAGGAAGAGGAUUUUGAAGGAAAUGAUGACAUUCAUGUUGCAGAAGAGAAAAUAUGUGACAGAGAAGUUGAAGAUGAAGAAGAGGACGAGGAAGGCACAGGUGGAGAGGAGGAAGCAGGAUUGGUUGAUGAAGCACUGGGGGAUGAUGAAGAAGGGAGUGAGAAAGUGAUGGGAAAGUUAGAUGGGAUUGAACCCAGUGAUAGAGAAGAGCCAGAAGGGGAAGGAGAUGUUCCAGAGGACAUUCCAGAUAGUGAAGAUGGAGGAGAGACAACGGAGGAAGAGGAGAGAGAGAACAGUUUUCAAGAUGAAAAGGAGACCAGAAAAACUCAAGAAAAUGUAGAGGAUGACAAAAAAGUUAAUACUUCAGACAGAGACAUUCACAAAAGUCUUGAAGAGUUGUAUGCAGAUGAGACUGAAGAUGAAGAGGUUUGCAAUCAAGAAACAGAAGAUGAUGAAGAUGAGGUUGUGGUUGAGAAAGCGUACCCCUGGUCAAGAGACCCUUUUGAGGAUCACACAAAAUGCCCUGAUGAUGAAGAUGAUGAUAUUGAAGGCCUUCUCAACCCUGUCAACUCCCAAACACAGAAGGAAGAUGACAUGGAGGAGACAGACCAAUCAAAUGAUCAACACUCAAAGGAGGAAAAUCAACCACAGAAGAACCAUCCUGCAGCCACAGAUGAGUCAGUGGAGUCUGAUGAUGAGUUUGACCACUUCUAUGAUUAAACCAGAAACUAGAACAUAAAGGUGGGAAAUAAUGGAAAGAGGAAAACAACAAUGGAUGAAUACAUUGGACAGAAGCUGCAAUAACUCGAUGCUUUCAGAAAAUGAACAAGGUGCACACCCUAAACAGCAGCCUCAGACAGAGAGCCACAAGGCCGAGCAAUGAAUAGAGGAAUCAGAUUACAAAGGGAUGAAAGAGGAAGAAAGGGAUAAAUAGAUGCUGGGUGUCCCUCAUCUUUUUUUUUUUCUUUUUGUUAUUUGCUGGUAGCUUAUCUGACUGUCCUGAAAGCACCACACCACUGUCACUCUGCAAACACAGGUGGAUCCAGAGAUGAAGAGAGAAUAAUAGAGGAGAUGAAUAGUGGAUGACAUUAAAUGAAAUAAGCCAAAUUAUAGAUUUUAUUCUGAGCACAUAGUGUCACUUUUAUAAAACAGAAAAGUGUUUCUUUAAUCUGUUUUAUUUAUGUCCUAUUGGGAAUCAAAGUGUUUGCCCUGAAUUCUUCGGCAUUAAUUUAAAUGUAGCCAGAGUUUGAGCGCUUUCUCAUU